AUGGUUGAGGAAGUUGUUACUUUAUUUGAAGGAUUUCCUUAUACCCCACGGUCUGUCUCAUUACAAUCAUCGUAUAUUUUGUCAUUCUCUGACUUCUCUGCGGAUUUUAGUGUUUCUGCUCAGUACUUUAUUGGUGAGUUUAGCGCUUAUAUAAUUUGGGGUCAGAGAGUGUUUUUCGGAGGUUUAUGCUUGUUCGCUCUUCGCAGACUGCAAGAGCGUAGUAGUGUAGCAAAAUUUCGGGUUCAAAAUCAGGAACGCGCAAAAGCUGUUCACUCGUUAAAACGCUGUUGGGCACCUCUCAUCUUUCAGUUUUCCUUACCUGACUCUGCUGGUCUCAUUUUUAGCGCUGCAAAACGUAGGCGAGACGAAGAAGACACAACAUCGAUCUGCGACGAGGAGGAUAGUCACAGCCGUACGGGACUUACGAUGGUGGCAGUACCUAAAGGCAAAGAGAAGGAUGCUGAGUAUGUCGCUCCAAAAUCUCAGAAACUUGUAGAUUUGGAUGACGAAACAGCGGAUGGGCGCGCGAAUGAAGAAGGUAACGUUAUUGAACAAACACACUACAUUAUAGUACCAUCUUACGCCUCAUGGUUUGAUUAUAAUGCUAUACAUCAAAUUGAAAAACGUGGAGUCCCAGAAUUUUUCAACGGAAGAAAUAAGAGCAAGACGCCCGAAGUGUACAUGGCAUACAGAAACUUUAUGAUUGAUACCUACCGUUUAAAUCCGUUUGAAUAUUUAUCUUCGACUGCCUGUCGACGUAAUCUCGGUGGUGAUGUAUGUGCCAUAUUAAGAGUUCAUUCUUUUCUGGAGCAAUGGGGUUUGAUCAAUUAUCAAGUUGAUUCUGAGUUCCGUCCAGCUCCUGUAGCACCCCCGUGCACUUCUCAUUUUAUGAUUUUGGCAGAUACUCCAAUGGGAUUGCAACCAAUUCAGCCGUCCUCUAAUUUGCCUCAGGUGGUCUCCUCUCUUUCUAGUUUUCGAGGCUUUUUAUUUGAGGAUGUGAAAAAGGAAGAAAAAAAAGAUGAUGACGGUCCCAAAGAAAAUAAGGACGGUGUCAGUAAAAUUGAGAGUUUGAAAGAUGCUGGUCUGAACUGCGAUCAGUAUGCGAAACAGCUUGCUGCUAUGAAAACUAAGGGUGCUGCUCCAGGUAGGGAUUGGACUGAUCAGGAAACUUUAUUGUUAUUGGAAGCUUUGGAAAUGUUCAAAGACGACUGGAACAAAGUUGCCGAUCAUGUCGGUUCUCGCACUCAGGAUGAGUGUAUUAUGCGUUUCCUCCAGUUACCAAUUCAGGAUCCAUAUUUGGAAGAGGGAGGUCCAGAGGCAGAAAUUCUUGGGCCUUUGGCGUACCAACCUGUGCCAUUUAGUCAAAGUGGUAAUCCAGUAAUGUCCACUGUCGCGUUUCUUGCAUCUGUUGUUGAUCCCCGUGUAGCUGCCAGUGCUACGAAAGCUGCAAUAGGCGAAUUUGCAAAAAUGAAAGAGGAGGUACCCCCUUUGGUUGCUGAAGCACAUGUGAAAAAUGUCGAAGCAGCUGCUCAGGGCGAGAAGUUUGACGGCACUGCGGGGCUUGCAACUUCUGGCAUCGCAACAGAUGAUAAAGGUAAGCCGGUUACGUCGGAAGCGACUAAAGAGACCGGUGAACUCAUGGACACCACUGAGAAGCCGACAGAACCUGGGGCUACCUGUGAGGAAACUGGUGGGAAGGAGGAGGCGAAAAAAGCAAUAGCGGAGAAAGUUCAAGUUGCUGCUGCUGCAGCUCUUUCAGCAGCAGCACACUUGUCUACGAUUGAAGAGCGCAGGAUCAAAUCUCUCGUUGCACAAUUAGUCGAAACUCAGAUGAAGAAAUUGGAAAUGAAGCUGCGUCACUUUGACGAGUUAGAAGCAAUGAUGGACAAAGAAAGGGAAGCGCUGGAGUAUCAGCGACAGCAGCUUAUUCUUGAACGACAGUCUUUCCACAUGGAUCAGCUGAGAUACCUUGAGCAGAGGGCGAAGCACGACGCGCAAAAUAAACUUGUUGUAACAGGCCAACUUCCUCCAGCUUUGCCACCGGGGUUUGAAAUCUCUAAUUCGCCUCAACCGCCGCAGCAAGUUCAAGUAGCCAUCCCACCGAGUGCAGCAACUACUUCGAACCCUACGCAACAAAUUCCAGCUUCUGAAUCAGAACAGAAGAUGGAUACCAGUGAGAACCCUGCAACUACAACCUCCACUAUUUCCACGGUCUCCGUUGCCGCAUCUUCUGUGGUAUCAACGCCUAUGCAACCGUCUUCGGUUCCGCCAUCAACAGUCUCACACGUUACUAACCAAGUACAAAAUCCACCUGUGACUCAGCAACAACAACAACAGCCUCAAUCACAGUCACUACAGUCGCAAUUGCCGCCGCAACCACAAGUGCAGCCUCAACCACAACCGCAACCGCAACCGCAACCGCAACCCCCUCCACAACAGCCAAUGAGCAUGGUACCCCAGCAGGCUCCGUCCGCAACCCCCCCUAUUGUUCCUUCACAGCAAUAUGGGCAACAAAUCUCCGCGCAGUCUCAACAGCAGCAAUAUAAUCCACAACCUAACUACCCUCCGCAGCAGUCGUAUCCGCAGUACCCUCAGAACCCUGCUACGCAGCAAUAUACAGCACAAGGUAUUCCGCCUUAUCAGGGCGCCCCGCAAAGUUAUUAUCCUCCACCAGCUCGCCCUCCUUUUCCACAGCAGUAUGCGCAGAGACCAGCUUACCAACAACAGCUAACGGUUCACUUUGAUUUCACUUUUAACGAUAUUUUAUAUACGUCGAUUUUUCCUUAUGGUCAACCGGGUCGUCCAUCUGGCUUCCCUCCAGGUGCAACUAGUGCUCCUCCGCAGGCGUAUGGCUAUCCGCAAGGAUAUCCGCAGCAGGCUGCUCAGUCUUCUGCUACUUAUGCGGAGGAAGUUGUUCUACCGCGAAAGAAGAAAAUUUGA